CCACAUUCUUACUCCAAAUGACGUAACCGUUCUAGAGCAGGGAAAUACAACAGGCAAGAUGGCGGUAGUAGGUGGAAGUCAGAACCGAGACCGGCGGUGACACGGCUUAUAGGAGUAUGGGAUGUGGCAGACGUGUUUACGCAGUUCAGUCCGCUGUGAAUCAAAAGGCCACUCACAAUGGAUAGUAACAAAACCAAUAUAGUACCAUCCAUUACUGAUCUAGAAGGAUUUCUCACAGAGCACGACUCCAAUGUUGUUUGGCUUCUUGUUGCUACCAUUUUAUCUUGUGGAUGGAUUAUUUAUCUUACAUAUUAUAAUUCCCGAAAUAUUGGACUCAUAUUAACUCUGGUACUGAACAGACUAUACAAAAAUGGCUAUAUACACAUUGGCUCCUUUUCCUUCUCUGUCCUUUCCGGAAAAAUCAUGCUGCGUGAAAUCUAUUACAUCUCAGAAGACAUGUCUAUCAGAAUACAAGAUGGAUUUAUCAUAUUUCGUUGGUGGAAAAUGUACAACCCAAAACAAAAACAGCAUGAUCCCAAAGCAGAAACUAGGUUAUACAUAACUGUCAAUGAUUUUGAGUUCCAUGUGUACAAUCGCUCUGAUAUCUAUGGCCACCUUCAAGAAGUUUUUGGUUUGGAUCAAACAAUAUUCCCACCCAAGAAAGAAGACGAAAAGGUCCAAGAGAGUGAAAAAGAGAAGUCACAGUCUGACCUUGAAAGUGCCAGGUUCAAAACAGAAUCUCCAGAUCCAUCCUCAUCAUGGAGGUCACUCAUACCAGUCAUUAAAGUCAAUAUAAGCACAGGGCGUUUGGCUUUUGGUAAUCAUUACCAGCCCCAAACAUUGUGUGUGAAUUUUGAUGAUGCCUUCCUCACCUAUACUACCAAGCCUCCAUCAAGUCAUCUAGACCAAUUCAUGCACAUUCUGAAGGGAAAACUGGAAAAUGUUCGAGUCAUGCUGGUCCCCAGUCCAAGAUAUGUUGGCUUACAAAAUGAUGAGCCUCCUAGGCUCAUGGGAGAAGGAUUUGUAGUCAUGCAGUCUAAUGAUGUUGACAUCUACUACUACAUGGAUGAGCCAGGGCUUGUUCCUGAAGAUUCUGGAGAAAACGUAGAAGAUGAAGCCAACACAGAAGAUGCAAAGUUGCAAGACCUACCUCCUUGUUGGGGAUUGGACAUAGUUUGUGGGAAAGGGACAGACUUCAACUACGGUCCCUGGGCAGAUAGACAGAGAGAGUGCUUGUGGAAGUUUUUCUUCCCGCCUGACUACCAGGUCAUGAAAGUUUCAGAGGUUGCCCAGCCAGGAAAACCGCGCCAGAUACAGGCUUUUGAAUUAAGAAUGAACAUCAUUGCAAAUGCUACAAUAGAUCUCCUGUUCACCAAAAACAGGGAAACAAAUGCUGUUCAUGUGAAUGUUUGGGCAGGAUCUUAUCUGGAGGUGAAUAUCCCCAUGACCGUGUCUGAAAAUGGUUAUUCCCCAACAAUUAAAGGCCAGCUGCUGCAUGUCGAUACAACCACCAGCAUGCAGUAUAGGACACUUCUAGAAGCAGAGAUGUUGGCAUUUCAUAUAAAUGCCAGCUUUCCUAGCGUAUGGAACAUGCCACAGACAUGGCAGUGUGAACUUGAAGUUUAUAAGGCAACUUACCAUUUUAUAUUUGCUCAGAAAAACUUCUUCACAGAUCUUAUUCAAGACUGGUCUAGUGACAGCGCACCAGAUCUGUUUUCCUUUGUCCCAUACAGCUGGAAUUUGAAGAUUAUGUUUCAUCAGUUUGAAAUGAUCUGGGCAGCAAACCAACACAACUGGAUUGAUUGUUCUACCAAACAGCAAGAAAACGUAUAUCUUGCUGCCUGUGGAGAAACAUUAAACAUUGAUUUUACACUUCCAUUUAUGGAUUUUGUACCAAGUACAUGUAGUACAAGAUUUUCUCUUAGAGGAGGAGAUGUCGACCUUCAUUUGUUUCUCCAAGAUAGUCAUCCGAGUAAAUAUUCACUCUUGACCUUAGUAAAAGACUUUCACCCAAACAAGAUCAGUCCUGAUACCUGCAAUACAGCUGAAAACCAAAGUGCUCAAAAAACCUGCAAGCCAAAAUGGAGAAAUGUAACACAAGCUGGGGCUGGCUGGGUGGAGUGCUGGACAGUUCCGUCUAUGUUGCUAAACAUUGAUUAUGCGUGGCACCCAAUCUAUCCUCAGAAAGCUGAUGAACAACUGAAGCAGUCUUUGUCCGAAAUAGAGGAAUCCAUGCUGUCUAUGCUAAGACCUCAGAGAACAUCAGAAAGAGCAAUGUCUUCUCCUACAACUUACACCAGACCUGCAGUGGAUCCCUCUGAGCUGCCACCAGAUAAACUACAUGUGGAAUUAGAGCUCUCUCCUGAUUCACAAAUUAUUUUCUACGGGCCAUUACUGAGGGCAUUCUUGGCUAUAAAGGAAAAUUACUUUGGGGAAGAUGACAUGUACACAGACUUUGAAGAAGAAAUCUCCAGCCCUGUGCUAUCAAUGUCUACAUCUUCCAGUUCUGGGUGGACUGCAGUAGGUGUGGACAGUGACAGAAAAGACCCCGAUGCCACGAAUAAAUCUGUUCAUCCUCUGACCCUUCGACCAUGGGAUAUUACUGUACUGGUGAAUUUGUACAAGGUCCAUGCUAAACUUCCAGUACACUGUGGCAAUGACGGACCUGAGUGUCCAAAUGUUUUCCUGGAAAGACUGUGCUUUGAGAUGAAGAAAACAUACAGAGAAACGGUGCUUCAGCUUGUAUUGUCUCCUGUGUACAUAUUUCUAAGCGACAAUUACCAGCGACCUUCGGUGGAUGGAAUGCUUCGAGAAGGACACAUCAGUCUGUCUGGUUUGCAGCUCAGGGCACAUGCUAUGUUUUCUGCUGAGGGUCUACCUCUAGGUUUAGAUACACUGGAAUAUGCCUGGCUUAUUGAUUUGCAGGCUGGCUCUCUUUCGGCAAUGGUCACUGCCCCUCAGCUGGCAUGCCUGUUGGAUUGGGGGCAGACCUUUUUGUUCCAUGUCGUUUGUAACGAGUUCCAGCUGGAGAGGCCUAAAUCUGUAGUGAUAUGCCAGCAUGGAAUUGAUCGGCGGGUUUGUGAUGCUAAGAAAAGCAGAUACCCAGGUCCUUGCCUCACUGCCGAUGACCUGAAAUAUAGAAUGACACGCUUGGCAGCGGACGGAGCUGAUCUUUACAUCGUGGAACAUGGCUGUGCUACAAAUCUUAAAAUGGGCUCUAUAAGACUUGCAAACUGUAACCUCCAUAACCAAGCUGUGGGUGAAGGCAUCAGUGCAGCCAUUCAAGAUGUGCAGCUGAGACAAUACAUUGAGCAGAUGGACAGCAGCAGAUUGGGACUCCAGCCUGCAGUUUUGCGCAGAGCCUACUGGCUAGAAACAGGUUCUGUGUUUUUAGGGCUCAUUACUGCAGAUAUAGCAUUGGCUGCUGAUCAUUCCUCCAAGCAUGAGGUGCAGAGGCAAUUUUUAGAAACUCAUGACAGUAGGACUAAAAGACUGUGGUUCCUUUGGCCUGAUGAUUCUGUGAAAAACAAAAGGAGCAGGAAUAAAUGCGGAUGCCUGGGAGGCUGCAGGUUCUUUGGAGGCACAGCCACAGGAUUGGAUUUUUUCAAACUAGAAGAGCUGACUCCAUCCAGCAGUUCAGCAUUUUCAAGCACAAGUGCAGACUCUGAUAUGUUUUAUGGGCAGUCCUUACUGCAACCAAGUGAAUGGAUUGUUACAAAGGAAGCACCUAAAUUUGUUGAAGCUAAGCCUAAUGGCUGCAAAAGACAAGACUGGGAAUCACGGUCUGUGGUGAUUGAGAGGAAAGCCCAGCAGUUGAGUCUUCAAGUUCCAUUACGUUCCCACAGCUCAUCAUCUUCUGAAGAGAACAGCAGCUGCAGUGCUGCUCUUCCCUUACUGGCUGGGGAAAAAGACAGUCCAUCUUCUAUAAAUGAUGAAAGUAUAGGGCAAGUUGAAUUUCCACCUAGAGCAAAAUCACAGGAAUCUCAUGGCAGUAUUCCAGCUGAAGCUGCAAGAAGCAGCCCGGUUUCUCCAAAUUCUCAGGACAGAUCUGUAAUCAAUUCGCCACUUAGAUCUCCACUAAAGCGACAGGCAUCUGUAUGUUCCACUCGUCUCGGAAGCACAAAAAGCCUUUCUGCUGCCUUCUAUGGAGAAAAGCAACCUGCUCCGUUUGCUGUUCAGUUUAGUAGUGAUGUCUCCCGCAGUGAUGAAAAUGUCCUUGAUUCUCCAAAACAGAGGAGAAGUUUUGGCUCAUUUCCUUACACGCCAUCAGCAGACUCAAACUCUUUUCAUCAGUAUCGGUCAAUGGAUUCAAGCAUGUCUAUGGCAGACAGUGAAGCCUAUUUUUCUGCGGCAGAGGAAUUUGAACCUGUAAGCAGUGAUGAAGGUCCAGGGACAUAUCCAGGGAGAAAAAGGAGGAAAAAGCAAACUCAGAAAAUUGAUUAUAGCAGAGGGUCAAUUUACCAUAGUAUUGAAGGUCCUCUGAUAGGUACUCUUCAUGGAGAAACAAGAGUCGAUGCAAGAACAUUGCCAAUACAAACUCAUGCUUCCCAAGCCUCAUUUGUCUCUGCACUAGCAGGUGAAGAAGAAACCAUUGAACAUGUUUAUGCAGUAGAGGCUGAGAAAGCAACAGAUAAUGAGCAAGUUACUCAUCAACCUGUAAUGUCAUGCUACCAAAGCUACCUAACUCAAUUUCAGGUCUUUAACUGGUCAGUAAAACACCCAACAAAUAAAAGAACUUCAAAGUCUUCGCUGCAUCGUCCAUUGGAUCUCGACACUCCAACUAGUGAAGAAAGCUCUACUUCAUAUGAUCAGCUGUGUGUCCCCACAUUCAAGGUGGUUAAACAAGGACUUUCAGCCAAUGCUUUACUAGACCGGGGAAUGCAACUUAUGGGAUCUUCUUCCAGCACACCAUACACUCCCCUGGAGAAGAAAGCAAUGGAAAAUACAGAUGAUGAAACCCUUACAGAGGAAUGGACCAUUGAUCAGCCUGCUUCUCACACAAGGACAACUGCAAUUGUGGAAGUAAAAGGAACUGUGGAUAUUGUCCUCAGUCCUUUGGUAGCAGAGGUUUUGGACAGGUACAUUGAGGCAUUGGUGCAUUUUACAAGCACACGUCACCCAGCAGCAAUUGUUGAUGAUUUGCAUUCAAAAGUUCUCACUGAGGCGGUGCAGAAUAGCAAAACCACUUUCUCAGAAAAUCUAUCUGCAAAACCUGAAACCAAAACAUCCAAACCAGAAAAUAAUGUUAUGGGAACCACAACUCAAGGGCAGAAUCCCACUAAGCCUAUACUUAAGCAAGAAAAGGUGAAAAUCAAGGGGCUUCAAGCGAAUGUUACUAUUCCUAAGGUGAAUCUGUGUUUGUUACAAGCAUCAGUUGAGGAGACAUCGAAUACAGCUGCAAAUAAAAGUGUUACCCAUGUUUCUUUAAUUGCCCUUUGUUUUGAUAGAAUUGCAACGCAAGUUCGUAUGAACAGAGGAGUGGUAGAAGAUACUCCAAACAAUACAGAUACAAGCCACCCUGCAGUCAACCUUGAAAAAUAUGCAAAUGCAAGUAAAAUGCAGCCUCAAUCUUCAGGAUCUCUCCGGUCAAAUGCUGGAGCUGAGAGGGGGAAAGAAAUUGCUGCCAAGCUUAAUGUUCACCGAGUGCAUGGUCAGCUUAGAGGUCUUGACACAUCAGAUGUUGGAACAUGUGCGAUCACCACCAUUCCAUUUGAGAAAUCAAAAGUACUUUUUACACUGGAAGAGUUAGAUGAUUUUACAUUUGUGGAUGAAACAGAGCAGCCACCCACUGCUGAUGUAACAAAAAUUGGGCCAAGCCAAGAAAAAUGGGGUUGGAUUAUGUUUGAGUGUGGAAUUGAAAAUUUGACCAUAAAAGGUGGAAGACAAUCUGGUGCUCUCUUGUACAAUUCAUUUGGAUUAAUGGGAAAAUCGAAUGCCCCUGAACAAGGUGGUUUGCAAAAAUCUAAUGAUUCAACUGAUUCCCCCACGGGCAGUGGCUACAGUACAGAUGUUUCUGAUGAUAACAUUCCUUGUGAUGGCAUGAGUCCCUCAUCAGACGUUAAUGGGAACUCUGUGUCCGAUGAACAGGAUGAAGGUGUUGAGUCAGAUGAUCUCAAGAAAGAUCUACCACUAAUGCCUCCACCUCCAGAUUCUAGUAGCAUGAAAUUGACAAUCAAAGAGAUUUGGUUUAGUUUUGCUGCUCCUACAAAUGUGCGUUCUCCGACAUAUACUUUUACCAGGCAAUUAAAUCUUCUUAGCACUGCAACUCCGGCAGUAGGCGCGUGGCUGGUUCCUAUUGACCAGUUAAAAUCCUCUUUAAACAAGUUGGAAACUGAGGGAACAUUGAGAAUUUGUGCUGUAAUGGGGUGCAUUAUGACCGAGGCAUUAGAGAAUAAAAGCAUUCACUUUCCAUUGAGGAGUAAAUAUAACAGGCUUACUAAACAAGCUCGCUUCCUGCAAGAAAAUCCAUCUUGUUUGCUUUGUAAUUUACUUCAUCACUAUUUGCACCAAGCAAACUACUCCAUCAUUGAAGAUGCUACAUUGAGUGAUGGUCUUCCUGCCCUUGUAACUUUGAAGAAAGGACUUGUUGCUUUAGCCAGGCAAUGGAUGAAGUUUGUCGUCGUUACACCUGCAUUCAAAGGUGUUCGUCUGCUCAGACCUGCCCAACCAAUAAAGCCGCAAAACUCAGUAAGAAAGGUGGAACAUAAUGUGAAUUGUCCAGUGAAUGGAGGUGGUCUUCAGAGUGACACCAGUGCAGACGGAGCUGAAUUUGAAUUUGAUGCUGCUACAAUCAGUGAACAUACUAUGCUACUAGAGGGAACAAAUAGCCGGCCACCCCCUCCUGGUGUGUCCUCUGGUCCUGUAAGUGGAGUUGAAAUUAUGAGGAAAUUAUCAAAGUCUCAUACCCACAAUGACUCUGCGCUCAAAAUAAAAGGAAUCCAUCCAUAUCAUUCGCUAAGUUACACCAGUGGGGAUACAGCCAAUGAUUCCCCUGCACACGUGAGUCGUCCUGGAAUGCCUGUUAAAGAAAGUCCAAGGAAAGAAAGUCUUUUAAGCUACCUGACUGGGAGUUUUCCUAGCCUCCAUAACCUCUUGGAAGGCACACCUCAAAGAAAUGUCACAGCUGUUAAAAGUAGUUCUCUUACAAGAACAGGAAAUCCCGUGGCCACAGAAAUGUUAUCAGAACAUCCUUUAUUGUCUGAACCAUCCUCUGUGAGCUUCUAUAACUGGAUGUCAAAUGCAGUGGGUAAUAGAGGCAAUGUGGUGCAGGAGUCACCCUUGAUCAAGUCUGGACACAACAGUCUCCCAACAGGUGCUGCACAAAACCUGCCCACAAUCCCUUCUGCAUCAGACUUCAACACUGUUCUGUCUAGCGAUCAAAACACUCUUGAUGGGACCCAUUCUCAACACAGCACAAGUCAAGAUGAUAUCGCUGGCAUUGAAGAAGGCAAUCAAGGCCUCCCUGCAGUUCAGCUUGCCGAUGCACAGGUGGUCUUUAAACCUCUACUGAGUUAUACUGGCAUCCAGUCGCAAGAUGUUGUCCCCCUAAGCUACAGAAUGUACUUUGGAGAACAUUUGUCAUUCUCUGGCACUUUGGAGUGCCUCAGAGCUGACAUUGUAGAUUCUGACACAUCUAAAGAAAGGAGGAGUAAACGUGCCAGAAGACAAGGAGCCAUACAUCUACCACCCCUUGAAUUUAAGCCUGCUCUGAUGUUGGAAACAUUCAGUAUCAAUGCAGUGAUAAUGGAGAAGUCAGUGUGCACACCCCAAAAUUCCAAUACGGCCCUUUCCUUUCAUGAUCUGAGCAAGCGAUACUAUAACACCUUCCACUGCAACUUCACAGUCUCUUGCCAGUCAAUAAGUCAGCAUGUUGACAUGGCCCUUGUCCGACUCAUACACCAGUUCAGUACAAUGAUUGAUGACAUUAAAGCAACCCAGACUGACAUCAAACUAAGCAGAUACACAGCUGGGUCAGCAUCUCCAACACCUACUUUCAAGACAAGGAGGCACAGAGAUUUCCGGUCAUCUGAUUUUAGCCGAAGCUCCCGUGGAAGUUUAAAUGGGGCAACUAGACUAAACAACCUAAAGAACAAACGAGCCAACAACGAAAAUAGCAAGAAAGAGUCCCGGAACAAAAACACCUUGGGACGAUCAGAACGAAGAACCUCCAAGGUGUCUCGAAAAGGCUCCAAAGAUGCAGCAGAUCACAUGGCCAUUCACAUGGAUGACUCUGAUUCCAUUACUGUUUCUGAACAAAGUGAGCCAUCUGCUGAGUGCUGGCAGAACAUGUACAAACUGCUCAACUUUUACUCUCUCAUUUCUGAUCCCACUGGCUUUUUAGAAAAAUCGUCUGAGCCUUUUGGCCCUGCAGGAGGUCGGAGCCCUUCUGAGCCAGUGUGCAGAGUAGUGUUUGAAAAUGAACUGGACAACAACAGUUUGAAUAGAAAUCAAAGAAAACGCAGCCUCGUUACAGCAGAACCCCAGCAUGUCACACUGAUAGUCUUUGGAAUUGGCAUGGUAAACAGGACACAUCUUGAGGCUGACAUUGGAGGAUUAACUAUGGAAUCUGAACUCAAGAGGAUUCAUGGAAGUUUUACUUUAAAAGAAAAAAUGAAAGAUGUUUUGCACCAGAAAAUGACUGAGACAUGUGCCACAGCUCAUAUUGGUGGUGUAAAUAUUGUUCUUCUUGAGGGUAUUACUCCAAAUAUUCAACUGGAGGAUUUUCCAACAUCUCCAACAAGCACAGCCAAACAAGAGUUUCUGACAGUGGUAAAAUGCAGCAUUGCUAAAUCCCAGGCUCUCUAUAGUGCCCAAAGGGGCCUGAGGACAAGCAACGCUGCAGUAUUUAAAGUUGGAGCCAUCAGCAUCAAUAUCCCUCAGCAUCCAGCUACUCUGCACAGCAUGAUGGUCCGCAGCUCCCACCAGCUCUCCAAGCAAAUUUCAGAUCUCAUCAGGCAGCCGUCAGUAGCAGCACCAGCUCCAAGAGAAGACAUUGCCACACCACUGCUUUCUGAAAAGACCCCCACAAGUGUAAACCAAACACCGGUUGAGACCAAUGAAUUUCCACAACUCCCAGAAGGUCUGGAGAAAAAGCCAAUUGUACUAAAGUUCAGCGCUGUAUUAGAUGGCAUUGCUAUCGGAGCUGCACUUUUGCCAUCUCUUAAAGCAGAGUACAAGAUGGGAAGAAUGAGGAGCCAUGGAAUGACUGGUGCCCAAACAAGGUUCACAUUUGAGCUUCCAAACCACAGGUUACGUUUCACUUCAAAGGUCUCCUCUACAGAUAUGUCAACAAUACCUCCCUCAGCAAGUCUUAACCUUCCUCCAGUCACCAUGUCUGGGAAAUACAUUAUGGAGGAACAUGACAACUAUUCUGACCAGGUGUGGAGUAUGGAUGAUAUGCCAGCCAAAACAGGUUACUAUCUGCAAGGGAAUUAUUUACUCUGUGUAGCUGAGGUUGGGUCGUUUGAACAUAACCUUACCACAGAUCUUCUGAACCAUUUGGUAUUUGUACAAAAAGUGUUUAUGAAAGAAGUCAAUGAAGUUAUACAGAAAGUCUCAGGUGGAGAACAGCCUAUUCCUCUCUGGAACGAACAUGAUGGUACAGCAGAGGGAGACAAACCAAAAAUUCUUCUGUACUCAUUAAAUCUUAGAUUCAAAGGUAUUCAGGUAACAGCAACAACACCAUCAAUGAGAGCUGUGAGGUUUGAAACUGGACUGAUAGAGUUAGAAUUAUCCAACCGAAUUCAGACAAAAGCAAUGCCAGGAAACAGCAGCUAUCUGAAACUCUUUGGGAAAUGUCAGGUGGACCUGAAUUUGGCACUGGGUCAAAUUGUAAAGCAUCAGGUUUAUGAAGAGGCUGGUUCUGACUUCCACCAAGUUGCUUAUUUUAAAACCCGAAUUGGCCUGCGCAACGCGCUACAGGAGGAAAUCAGUGGCUCAACAGGCAGAGAAGCAGUUCUUAUAACUUUGAGCAGACCUAUUGUCUAUGCACAGCCUGUGGCCUUUGAUAGAGCUGUGCUAUUUUGGCUAAACUAUAAAGCAGCUUAUGACAACUGGAAUGAGCAGAGAUUGGCAUUAAACAAAGACAUACACAUGGCUACAAAAGAAGUUGUGGAUAUGCUUCCUGGAAUCCAGCAGACAUCUGCUCAAGCCCUUGGAACACUGUUCCUUCAGCUUACAGUGAAUGAUCUAGGCAUAUGCUUGCCAAUCACUAAUGCCCAACAGGCAAAUCACACCGCAGAUUUUGAUACUGGCUCAGCUUUGGUUCUGACCAUUGAGAGUACAUUAAUUACUGCAUGUUCCUCCGAGUCCCUCGUCAGCAAAGGGCAUUUCAAAAACUUCUGCAUUCGAUUUGCUGAUGGAUUCGAAACAACUUGGGAUGACUGGAAACCUGAAAUAAGGGCAGAUCUUGUCAUGAAUGCCUGUGUGGUUCCAGAUGGAACAUAUGAAGUUUGCUCUAGAACAACUGGACAGGCUUCUGCUGAAAGCAGUAGUGCUGGAACGUGGACUUUAAAUGUGUUAUGGAAGAUGUGUGGUAUUGAUGUGCACAUGGACCCCAACAUUGGGAAAAGGCUUAAUGCCCUUGGCAAUACACUGACAACUAUGACGGGCGAAGAAGAUAUAGAUGACAUUGCAGACCUUAAUUCUGUAAACAUGGCAGAUCUGUCUGAUGAAGAUGAAGUUGACAGCAUGUCUCCAACUGUCCAUGCUAAUUCAGAAGGAUGUUAUGUUAAUGGAGAAAGCCUCAAGCUUACUUUUGGUCAACGACUUGUAAAUCACCUUCUUGGCCUGAGCACCAAACGCCAUCGUUUUUCAGUACCUGCAGAGUAUCUCUCUGGUUCAGAAAUACCAGACUCCCCUGGCUCUGUCAGUCCGCACAUGACAGCAAGCAGGUCUCGCUCCUGGGCAAAUGAAACCAUUGACUAUAGAAGACCCGGCCAGCUUGGAAGCCAAAGCGUGGACCUAAGAGGAAGGAAAUUUGUGAAGAGGCUGGUUGAUAUACGGGAGCUCAAUGAACAAGCUAAAGUGAUUGAUGAUCUCAAGAAACUUGGAGCUAGUGAAGGAACCAUUAAUCAGGAAAUUCAACGAUACCAACAUUUGGAAUCCGUAGCGGUCAAUGAUAUUCGGAGAGAUGUCCGUAAGAAGCUGCGCAGGUCUAGCAUGAGAGCAGCAUCUUUGAAAGAUAAAUGGGGCCUUGGAUACAAACCUAGCUACAAUCGUUCAAAAAGUAUUACUGCUUCGGGAAGGCCACCUCUGAAACGCUCAGAAAGAGCCAGCUCAAGGGUUGAUGGCGAAGAUCUUCCUGAAAUACGAAUUGAAGCCGCUUCCCCUGCAGGUCCAAGAGUAACAUUCAACAUACAGGAUAGUUUGAAUAACACAGUUAUAGGAAUAAAUCGGAAUUCUGGCUGCUCUUUGGAGGAAGGUUGUUUCAAGUUUCCAGAGGAGACAGAGAAUGAUCUUAUGUCAGUUACUAUUGAUGGUCCAUCUCAUUAUCCAUCCAUUAGUGAAGGUUCACAUUCUGUGUUCAGUUCCCCUAACACACCAGUAGUGUUUUCACCAAGCAUUCCCUUCCAGACCGAAGAGGGUAAACGAGACGAUAGCUCCUCCUCAUCCUCAGAAGACUCUGAUAAAGAAGAGGAACAUGAGCGGGAAAAGCUUUAUGUUUACAGAAAACCGCAGCAGAGCACCCGAAAGAAAUCGUCUGGCUUCGCAGCUGUCCAGCAGCUCUUCACUGAACGUUGGCCCACCGCUCCUUCCAGCAGAAAUGUCUCCAAUGCAGCAACGGAAAGGAAUAUUGAUUUUGAACUAGACAUUAGAGUGGAGAUUGACAGUGGGAAAUGUGUGCUACAUCCUACAACUCAGCAACAGGAACACGAUGACAUAAGCUUACGAAGGAGCUAUGACAGAAGCUGCAGAAGUCUGGAUCAAGACUCGCCCUCUAAAAAGAAGAAAAUGCAAACUAAUUAUGCCUCAACAACCCACUUACUUUCGGGAAAGAAAGUGCCAUCCUCACUGCAAACCAAACCAAGUGACUUGGAAACCACAGUAUUUUAUAUUCCUGGGGUUGAUGUAAAGCUACACUACAAUUCCAAAACUUUAAAGACUGAGUCGCCAAAUGCCUCAAGAGGAUCUUCUUUGCCAAGAACUCUUUCAAAAGAGUCCAAGCUGUAUGGUAUGAAAGAUACUGCCACACCUCCUUUACCUAGCUCUAUCCACAGCAAGACUAACACUCUCUUACCUCCCCAAUCCCCACCUAUGCCUUCAGCCAAAGGAAAGGGAAGCGGCGGAGUUAAAAAAGCAAAGUUGUAUGCUUGGGUUGCUCUGCAGUCACUCCCAGAAGAAAUGGUCAUCAAUCCAAACCUGCUCGAUUUCCUCGAGAAAGCCCUAGAAACCAUACCAAUUACUCCAAUUGAAAGAAACUAUGCAGCAGUGAGCUCUCAAGAUGAGGAUAUUGGACAGUUCGACCUGCAAGACCCUCUGGAAGAAUCAACAACCUCUUUAGUAUCAUCUUCAACUUCUCCGUAUUCAUCCUUCCCUGUUGAUGUGGUUGUCUACGUCAGAGUUCAGCCAUCUCAGAUUAGGUUUAGCUGUCUGCCAGUCUCCCGGGUUGAAUGUAUGCUGAAAUUGCCCUCUCUAGACUUGGUAUUCUCUUCAAACAGAAGUGAACUAGAGACCCUUGGGCCAUCACACCCCUCAGACUCUUCUAUUGGAAAUCUUUCCAUGCCAAGUGGAUCAAAAGCAAAUCUAAACAAAUCAGGGUUGCCAGGGACAUCCACAGGGCUUGGUAGCCCUCUUGGGAGAACGAGACACAGCAGCAGUCAGUCUGAUUUGACCAGCUCUAGCAGCAACUCGUCAGGCCUAAGUUUUACAGCUUGCAUGUCAGAUUUCUCCUUGUAUGUGUUUCAUCCUUAUGGUGCCGGAAAACAGAAAUCUGCAGUAUCAGGACUUGCUCCAGGUCCCAGUGGUUUAGGUCAUGUAGAUGAGGAACCUACAUCAGUUACUGGCCGUAAGGACUCUCUCAGCAUCAACCUGGAGUUUGUUAAAGUCAGUUUGUCCAGAAUGAGACGUUCAGGUGGAGCUUCAUUCUUUGAGAGUGUAUCUGCUACCAAAAGCACCAGCAAAAUGGAUACGACUUUAAUCAACAUAUCCGCGGUUUGUGACAUAGGAUCGGCCUCCUUCAAAUAUGAUAUGCGCCGACUUAGUGAGAUCCUGGCUUUUCCAAGGGCAUGGUACAGAAGAAGUAUCGCUAGACGCUUGUUUCUUGGUGAUCAAACCAUCAAUUUACCAGCUUCAGGCCCAGGAACUCCUGAUUCCAUAGACGGCGUCAGCCAGCAUCUUUCUCCUGAAUCAUCUCGCAAGGCUUAUUGUAGAACAUGGGAGCAACCGAGUCAGUCAGCCUCAUUCUCUCAUAUGGCGCAGUCACCUAAUGUUUUCAGUGAACACACUCCAAAUAGCAACAUGUCUCCAGGAGCAGUAGCUCACUCCUUGAAAUCCCCAGCGCCAUCACGAACAAGAAGUGUGUCUGAUUCCUCUGUGCCUCGCAGAGAUUCACUGUCAAAAACGUCAACCCCUUCAUUUAGUAAAGCUACUAAACCUUCAAGCCAGCAGGGGACUCCAUGGGAAACAUUGGUUGUGUUUGCCAUUAAUCUGAAGCAACUUAAUGUUCAAAUGAACAUGAGCAAUGUAAUGGGCAAUACAACUUGGACCACCAGUGGACUGAAGAGCCAAGGUCGCCUAUCGGUGGGAAGUAACAGAGACAGGGAAAUCAGCAUGUCUGUUGGCUUGGGCAGAUCUCAGCUGGACUCCAGAGGUGGAGUGGUUGGUGGAACUAUAGAUGUUAAUACUCUGGAAAUGGUUGCUCAUAUUUCAGAACAUCCCAACCAACAACCCAGCCACAAAAUUCAGAUUACUAUGGGCUCUACUGAAGCACGUGUGGACUACAUGGGCUCAAGCAUUCUAAUGGGGAUCUUUAGCAAUGCAGAUCUGAAGUUACAGGAUGAGUGGAAUGUCAAUUUGUUUACUCCAAUGGAUACUAGUAUUUCUGACAAAAGUGUUAUAUUUAUUCAUGGAGACCUGCAGUGGGACAUUUUCCAGGUUAUGAUCUCCCGCUCAACUACACCUGAUCUCAUAAAAAUAGGCAUGAAACUACAAGAGUUUUUCACCCAGCAGUUUGAUACAAGCAAGCGUGCAUUGUCUACUUGGGGGCCAGUCCCAUAUCUGCCACCAAAGUCAGCUGCCACAAAUGUGGAGAAGAAGGAAAGUGAACAACUCCUAGAUGCAGCGCAUCAUCGUCAUUGGCCUGGAGUACUCAAGAUAAUAUCAGGAUGCCACAUAUCACUUUUUCAGAACCCUUUGCCUGAGGACACUGUUCAGUUAGGUGGUUCCAUGAGCCUUCAUGGGAAUCACAUGACAUUAGCAUGCUUUCACGGUCCCAAUUUCCGCUCUAAAUCCUGGGCCUUGUUUCAUCUGGAAGAGCCAAACAUUGCUUUUUGGACAGAAGCUCAAAAAAUAUGGGAAGACGGUUCAAGUGAGCACUCCACAUACAUUGUACAGACUCUUGAUUUUCACUUGGGUCACAAUACUAUGGUUACUAAACCCUGCGGCGCUCUGGAAAGCCCAAUGGCAACAAUCACUAAAAUAACAAGGAGGCGCCAUGAAAACCCCCCACAUGGAGUUGCAAGUGUGCAAGAGUGGUUCAACUAUGUCACUGCUAUGAGGAAUGAAGAAUUAAACUUACUUCGUAAUGUUGAUGCCAACCAUGCAGAAAACAGCACAGCAGUAAAGAACUCGAGUUUGUUAAGUGGAUUCAGGGGAGGCUCCAGUUACAACCAUGAGACAGAAACAAUCUUUGCUUUGCCACGGAUGCAGCUAGACUUCAAAUCUAUACAUGUCCAGGAGCCCCAAGAACCUGUCCUCCAAGAUGAAGGCAAACCAAAGGUGGAGUGCAGUGUGGUAACAGAGUUUACUGAUCAUAUCUGUGUGACAAUGGAUGCAGAACUGAUCAUAUUCCUACAUGAUAUGGUGUCUGCUUACUUGAAGGAGAAAGAAAAAGUUAUAUUUCCACCUCGAGUCUUUACAACUCGUCCAGGCCAGAAAAGCCCAGUCAUACAGAUCGAUGAAAGCUCAUCUGAGAAAGAGAGAGAAGAAAACACUAACUACACCUAUGUGGACUGGAGAGAAUUUAUGUGCAAUACUUGGCAUCUUGAGCCCACCCUCAGGCUUAUUUCAUGGACUGGAAGGAAAAUCGACCCAGUUGGAGUUGAUUACAUCCUACAAAAGCUGGGCUUCCACCAUGCCAGAACCACUAUUCCAAAAUGGCUUCAGCGUGGAGUGAUGGAUCCUCUGGAUAAGGUCCUUUCAGUCCUCAUAAAGAAACUGGGCUCCGCCCUUCAAGAUGAAAAAGAAAAGAAGGGGAAGGACAAAGAAGAGCACUGAACACAAAAGCAAGAAAGUGAACAAAAUGUUAACCUACUGAACAAACACUUUUUUUAAAAAAAAAAAAAUCUUUUGUAUAACAAAUCAAUGUUUUUAUUUGACAUGAGCCCAUUUGACUUUGGAACAAGUUUUUGAUCUCUAGAUCAACCAGUCUUGUGCAUUGGAUUCUCUGGAUCCAAACUAAUUCACCCAAAAUGUGACAAAUCUAACAACUUGUGAUUUUCUUAAUGCUACUAACCCCUUCAUCCCUGGGAGCUCUUCUAGUUGUGUUACUUUUAAUUGCUUUUCCACUUUAUAGUGAACAAGUGAGUUUCCUCCAGUUUAUCCAGAACCUGUUUCUCAGCUGCAGUGGUUGAUGUAGGCCAAGUGUACAGCUUUCUUUUCUGUAAGUACCUGCAUGUUGGUGACCCGCGUUCCUGGGCAAAUGUUUCUUCUAGUUCACUGCUGCGCCCAGUAACACCGAUAUAUCCUUCUCUGUAAACUGCCACCUGUACUGCAAACCCAUAAAUGAGAACCUCAGGGGUGAGAGGGGUCAGAAUAAUUCCGUUGUGAAUAAAACUGUUUACUCUGGUGCAUGCUGCCAUUCCAUUGGGGGAAGCACCGCAUGUUUAUGUAUAUUUUGGACUGAGAAAUAGGAUUGAUACACUGUAAAAUGUAUAGGGCUAUUGUUAUUACCUUGUAUUAAGUGCAAUAUGGUUUUAUUUCUGUGAUAACUGCAGAAUAUUAACUGUGAAUUUAUUUUAUUUUGGCAUAAUACAUUUUGUUGACAAUA